CUGGGCUGAAAUCUGAGCCCGUAUUGCCACCUGAAGAAAACAUUAACCCCUAAACCCCGAGUGAACUAUCGUCUCCGGCGUUCAGUUCUGAAAUCAAAUUCCCAUUACCGUUUGGUGCUGUUUGGAAGCCAAGAAAACGGAUUCCAGUAAAACGCAAAGCCAGAUUAUCAAAUGACGGAAACUGCUAAACACUCUCUAGAUAGUGCCUCUGCUGAAUCUCCUAACAGACCUUCGAAGAUCUCAAAGGUCCAAUAUUUCAGCGACGACGAAGGCGGCUACGACGAGGAGUUGGUGGAAUCGAGUGUUGUCACUAGAACAAUGAGCCCAAAUCCUAGACUUCAACGCUACUUGGUGGCUAUUGAGUAUAUUGGGACUCGAUUCUCGGGUUCCCAGAAGCAGCUUACUUGCAGAACAGUGGUUGGGGUACUAGAGGUGAUCUCUAACGGUCGUUAUUUGUUUGCGAGAAAAGGGAAGAAAAAAUUUCUUUUUUUUAAAAGAAGUACCUUAUGUUACAUUUCUGGGCAUUUUCGGGAAAUUUUGCUAUGUAAUUUUCGCGCUUUAGGAAGCAGAAACCAAAUUUUUUUAGCUUUCCAAAAUGCUGACCUUUUUCGGGGGGGUGGGGGGGGGGGGGUGGGGGGGGAGUUCAAGCAGAGCUAUAUUGAUUUUAGUAUAGUUGAAUAUCUUGUGAUGAGAGUGAAUUGUGUUUUCUUUUUUCAAUGUAAAAUGCAGGAGGCUUUUCAUAAAUUUAUUGGUCAGCCAGUAUCAAUUUCCUUGUCUAGUCGAACUGAUGCAGGAGUGCACGCCUUAUCAAAUGUUUGCCAUGUUGAUGUUGAACGCAUAAGCAAAAGGAAGCCUGGUGAAGUGUUACCACCUCAUGAACCAGCGGUAGUUAGAAGAGCUGUGAACCAUUUCUUACAGAAGAAUGAAGGUGAUAUUAUGGUGAUUGAUGUUCAAUGCGUUCCAGUUGAUUUCCAUGCCAGAUUUAAAGCUCAAGAACGAACGUACUUCUACCGCUUGUUAUCUGGACCAGAGCCUUUGUCCACCUUUGAGCAAAACCGGGCAUGGCAUGUACCUGAGCAACUAGAUCUUGUUGCUAUGCAGGAAGCAUGCAAAAUUCUUGUUGGACAUCAUGACUUCAGUUCCUUCAGGGCAUCUGGUUGUCAGGCAAAAUCACCCAUCAGAACUUUAGAUGAACUUUCUGUUUCUGAGGUGGCUUCAACUCCAUAUUUUCCAUCAAUAGUGGAGAGGGAAAAGGAAGUUUUACAUGAGGAAGAAUCGUGCUGCAAUAAUUUUCAGACGGACAUGGCUAGUGGAUCUAUUUCUGACACUAACAUGCCAGGGGCCUCCUAUAUUGAAGAUGUAGGAUUUGGUAUAAGAAAAAGACACCGUUGCUAUGUUGUUACAGCACGUGCUCGCUCUUUUCUUUACCAUCAGGUUCGCCUGCUUGUUGGUGCACUCAAAUCCGUCGGCACUGGGGAUCUCACAGUUUCAGAUGUGGAAAGAAUACUGAAGGCGAAGUCUGUGACAGCGGCAAGUCCCAUGGCCCCUGCUUGUGGUCUGUACCUUGGGCGCGUAAAGUACGACCUCCCAUGACUUCUGAUAAAUGUGGGUUUUUUUAUUAUUUUGUUUUCAGAAAACAUAUCAUGAGCUUACAGGCCUGAUACACAUCAAGGGUUCCUAUUCAUAUUUAGACAGAGUACCUUUAUCUUGAUGAUUGGAAAUUGGACAGAAGCAUUCAAUAGCUUGUAGAAAGAUUUCUUCCACUUUCCUUGUUCAGAUUCUCUUCCAAUGAAAGCUUAUAUGCAAGUUUAUCAGAUAAGCUUGCAUAUCAGGUAUAACGAAUAUCGAGAAA